ACCGAGAGACCGGUCAAAGUUUUAUUUCCGAUUCGGUGGCGUGCUGAUAGCGCAGCCCGGCGGGGGCGAGUCCGGGCUGCACCGCGCACGGCGCGCGCGCACGCACCUCGGAAUCCGAAUCUGCAUAACUACCGGCGGAGCGCCUCCGCGAGAGGCCGGGAGAUCCGCGCCCCCGUCGGGGUGGCUGCGCCCACCCGGUUGUUCUCGUCGUCACCCGGCACCCUUCACCUUCAGUCACCUGGAGGUAGCAUUCCCUGAAAUUCUUACUACCGGCUGGACGAUUAUAUUUCUAAACUGGGAGCCAGUGAUGCGAUGCAAAUUUCAGAGUAAAGGUGUCGACUUUCAUCAGGUUCCAGGUCUAUCUGGAUGAACUGGGGUUGGCGUUUCCUCUAUAAAAAAAAUGAGGUGGUAGGCGAGUGAACUUGUAGGAGAUGCACAAGAGCAAGUAUCUCGGACUCCUAGAGAAAAUUCAUGGGUCAAGAAAGAGAAAAUGACCAGCCCCAGAAGCCUUCUCAUCAUGCACCUUUGCCAUCACUAGCCUCCUUCUUCCCCAAAGGUUCAGUUUUGAAUGUGAAUGGCAGUAAACUAAUAUCCAAGAUUUCUGUAUAAGAAGUAGAUCAAAAGGACUGUACUUUCAGUUCUGGAGGCUGGGAAGUCCCAAGAUCAAGGUGCCCACAGAUUCGUUCCUAAGGUGCUGUUUGAGAACCUGCAGAUAUGCUGGUUACCAAGCCCUCUCUGCCUUCAUGAAGCUUAUACCCGAUUAUCCAAAGACUCAUUAUACAGUUGCAGCCCUGUGCCUGUACCUCAGUGUGAUCACUCUGUUUCCUCCUGUUGGCAGCCCUGUGCAUUGACUCGGAAGCUGCUCUACUUACAAAAAAUGUUUUGAGAGAAUACCUCAAGUUGGACUCAAAAGCAAGAUUUGCUGCUAACUUUGAAGUAGAAGAAGGUUAUUCACUAUGAAUAUGGCUGCUAUUAUCUAAAUUUCUGCAGCCAUGGCACAAGAAUAUAAGAAAGCAUGGGAUUGUGGCAGUCACAGAGUCCCAGUAAUACAAGUUCCAUUCAGUUUUUUCUGAAAGAAAGCUGUCUGUGAAAGCCAAGCAAAGGGAACCAUUGUGGAUUAUAAUGUUUUGAAGAUCUGGAUUUUCAGAGGUUUGGAAAUAAGGCGUCAUUUCACCUUUUAAAUGAAAAAGAUUAAGAUCUCAUGCAACUGCUGUAUAUUCUGGAAGCCGUUCUCCAAAAGGGAAGUGCACAUUUAAAACUUAGCUAUGAUGGUCCUUUGUGCAGGGAUUUGAGUCUGAUUGCUUCUCCAUCAUGACCAGCCUGAAACGGUCACAGACAGAGCGGCCCGCUGUCCCCGAAAGGGCCUCGGUUGUCGCCACGGAUGGCGCCCCCAAAGUCCACACCGACGACUUCUACAUGCGGCGCUUCAGGUCCCAGAAUGGCAGCUUAGGGUCCUCAGUCAUGGCUCCGGUAGGGCCCCCCCGAAGUGAAGGUUCUCACCAUAUAACCUCCACCCCCGGAGUCCCCAAGAUGGGGGUUAGGGCUAGGAUUGCAGAUUGGCCCCCACGAAAGGAAAACGUCAAAGAAUCUAGCCGUUCAAGCCAGGAAGUAGAAACCUCAAGUUGCCUUGAGAGCCUGUCCUCCAAAAGCAGUCCUGUGAGUCAGGGAAGUUCUGUGAGCCUCAAUUCCAGUGACUCAGCCAUGCUGAAGAGCAUACAGAACACGCUGAGAAACAAGACGAGGCCGGCGGAGGGCAUGGACUGCAGGUUUCUGCUGCCCGAAGCCUACCCCAGCUCCCCCAGGAAGGCUCUCCGCCGGGUCCGGCAACGGAGCAAUAGUGACAUCACCAUAAGCGAGCUCGACGUGGAUAGCUUCGAUGAAUGUGCCUCGCCCACCUACAAGACUGGGCCGUCUCUGCACAGGGAAUACGGUAGCACCUCCUCAAUUGACAAGCAGGGAACGUCUGGGGAAAGCUUCUUCGAUCUGCUGAAGGGCUACAAAGACGACAAGUCUGAUCGAGGUCCAACUCCGACCAAGCUCAGCGACUUCCUCAUCACUGGUGGGGGCAAGGGCUCCGGUUUCUCUCUGGAUGUUAUCGACGGGCCCAUCUCCCAGAGAGACAACCUCAGGCUCUUUAAGGAAAGGGAAAAACCACUCAAGCGCCGCUCCAAGUCCGAAACCGGAGACUCGUCCAUUUUUCGGAAAUUACGCAAUGCCAAAGGUGAGGAACUUGGGAAGUCAUCGGAUCUGGAAGAUAACCGGUCGGAAGACUCUGUCAGGCCCUGGACGUGCCCAAAGUGCUUUGCUCACUACGAUGUCCAGAGUAUAUUAUUUGACUUGAAUGAGGCGAUUAUGAACAGGCACAAUGUUAUCAAGAGGAGAAACACCACCACGGGGGCAUCGGCCGCUGCCGUGGCCUCCCUGGUCUCGGGGCCUUUGUCCCACUCGGCCAGUUUUAGCUCCCCGAUGGGCAGCACGGAGGACCUGAAUUCCAAGGGGAGCCUCGGCAUGGACCAGGGAGACGAUAAGAGCAAUGAGCUGGUACUGAGCUGUCCGUAUUUUCGGAACGAGAUCGGUGGAGAAGGUGAAAGGAAGAUCAGCCUGUCAAAAUCAAAUUCUGGUUCCUUUAGUGGGUGUGAAAGUGCCUCCUUUGAGUCCACGCUGAGUUCCCAUUGCACAAACGCAGGAGUGGCCGUACUUGAGGUGCCCAAGGACAGCCUCGUGCUGCACCUGGACAGGGUGAAGAGGUACAUCGUGGAGCACGUGGAUCUGGGCGCGUACUAUUACAGGAAAUUCUUCUAUCAGAAGGAACACUGGAACUAUUUUGGGGCUGAUGAGAAUCUUGGUCCUGUGGCUGUGAGCAUUCGAAGGGAAAAACCAGAAGAAACGAAGGAAAAUGGAUCUCCAUACAACUACCGAAUAAUUUUUAGAACCAGUGAGCUCAUGACACUGAGAGGCUCAGUCCUGGAGGAUGCCAUUCCCUCAACGGCAAAGCACUCGACAGCCAGAGGACUGCCCCUGAAGGAAGUGCUGGAGCACGUGAUUCCUGAGCUCAAUGUCCAGUGCCUGAGGUUGGCCUUCAACACUCCCAAGGUCACAGAGCAGCUCAUGAAACUGGAUGAACAAGGGCUGAACUAUCAGCAGAAGGUGGGCAUCAUGUACUGCAGAACUGGACAAAGCACUGAAGAAGAGAUGUACAACAAUGAGUCAGCUGGCCCGGCAUUUGAGGAAUUCCUUCAGCUGUUGGGAGAACGUGUUCGGCUCAAAGGAUUUGAGAAGUAUCGUGCACAGCUUGACACCAAAACUGACUCCACUGGAACCCAUUCUCUGUACACAACAUACAAAGACUAUGAAAUUAUGUUCCAUGUUUCCACCAUGCUGCCAUACACGCCUAACAACAAGCAACAGCUCCUACGGAAGCGGCAUAUUGGAAAUGAUAUCGUAACAAUUGUUUUCCAAGAGCCGGGAGCACAGCCGUUCAGCCCAAAAAACAUCCGAUCCCACUUCCAGCACGUUUUUGUCAUCGUGAGGGUCCACAACCCCUGCACUGACGGGGUCUGUUACAGUGUGGCUGUCACCAGGUCCAGAGAUGUGCCUUCCUUUGGACCUCCCAUCCCCAAAGGGAUCACUUUCCCUAAGUCAAAUGUGUUCAGGGACUUCCUUUUGGCCAAAGUGAUUAACGCAGAAAAUGCUGCUCAUAAAUCAGAAAAGUUUCGGGCCAUGGCAACUCGGACCCGCCAGGAAUACCUGAAAGAUCUGGCAGAAAAGAAUGUCACCAACACCCCUAUUGACCCGUCUGGCAAGUUCCCAUUCAUCUCUCUGGCCUCCAAAAAGAAGGAGAAGUCUAAGCCAUAUCCAGGAGCUGAGCUCAGUAGCAUGGGGGCCAUUGUGUGGGCCGUCCGGGCCAAAGACUACAACAAGGCCAUGGAAAUCGACUGCCUCUUAGGGGUUUCCAACGAGUUCAUCGUUCUCAUUGAGCAGGAAACCAAGAGUGUGGUUUUCAACUGCUCCUGCAGAGAUGUGAUAGGGUGGACCUCAACUGACACCAGCCUCAAAAUCUUCUACGAGCGAGGAGAAUGUGUUUCAGUGGAGAGUUUAAUUAAUAAUGAGGACAUCAAAGAGAUUGUCAAAAGGUUGCAGUUUGUGUCAAAAGGUUGUGAAUCGGUGGAGAUGACCCUGCGAAGGAACGGGCUGGGACAGCUCGGCUUCCACGUCAACUACGAGGGCAUCGUGGCAGAUGUGGAGCCCUACGGCUAUGCCUGGCAGGCAGGGCUGAGGCAGGGCAGCCGGCUGGUGGAGAUCUGCAAGGUGGCGGUGGCCACCCUGAGCCAUGAGCAGAUGAUCGAUCUCCUGAGAACAUCCGUCACAGUGAAGGUCGUCAUCAUCCCCCCACACGAUGACUGCACCCCACGGAGGAGUUGCUCUGAAACCUACCGCAUGCCAGUGAUGGAAUACAAAAUGAAUGAAGGGGUUUCAUACGAAUUCAAGUUUCCCUUCCGAAAUAAUAACAAAUGGCAGAGGAAUGCCAACAAGGGGCCUCAUUCACCUCAAGUCCCCUCCCAGGUGCAGAGUCCCAUGACCUCGAGGCUGAAUGCUGGGAAAGGAGAUGGGAAGAUGCCUCCUCCAGAAAGAGCCGCCAACAUCCCUCGAAGCAUCUCCAGUGAUGGACGCCCGCUGGAGAGGCGGCUGUCUCCCGGUUCAGAUAUCUACGUGACGGUCUCAUCCAUGGCUCUAGCAAGGUCCCAGCAGUGUCGUAACUCCCCUAGCAACCUGUCUUCAUCCAGCGAGACUGGCUCUGGUGGAGGCACUUACAGGCAAAAAUCCAUGCCCGAAGGGUUUGGAGUAAGCCGCAGAUCGCCAGCCUCCAUCGACAGGCAGAACACCCAGGCAGAUAUUGGUGGCAGUGGGAAGUCUACACCCAGCUGGCAAAGAAGUGAGGAUAGCGUUGCUGACCAAAUGGCUUACAGUUAUAGAGGACCUCAGGAUUUCAAUUCUUUUGUCCUCGAGCAGCAUGAAUAUACAGAGCCAACGUGCCACCUCCCAGCAGUAUCAAAGGUACUGCCUGCUUUUCGAGAGAGCCCCAGCGGGAGAUUAAUGCGGCAGGAUCCGGUGGUCCAUUUAUCUCCAAACAAACAAGGGCAUUCCGAUAGCCACUACUCGAGCCACUCCAGCAGCAAUACCCUCUCCAGCAAUGCGUCGAGCGCCCACAGUGACGAGAAGUGGUAUGACGGGGACCGCACCGAAUCCGAACUCAACAGCUACAACUAUCUGCAAGGCACCUCUGCCGACAGUGGCAUCGACACCACCUCCUACGGCCCCAGCCACGGCAGCACGGCCUCCCUGGGAGCCGCCACGUCAUCACCUCGCUCAGGGCCAGGCAAGGAGAAAGUGGCACCCCUGUGGCACAGCUCCAGCGAAGUACUCUCCAUGGCAGAUAGGACUUUAGAGACCGAGAGCCUCGGCAUGGACCGGAAGGCAGAAUCCUCCCUGAGCUUGGAUAUCCACAGCAAGAGCCAGGCCGGCUCAAACCCCCUGACCAGGGAGAACAGCACUUUCAGUAUAAAUGAUGCUGCUUCCCACACAAGUACCGUGGGUUCCCGACACUCUGCCAGCCCGGUGGUCUUCACCAGUGCCAGAAGUUCCCCGAAAGAGGAGCUCCAUCCUGCCGCCUCGCAGCUCGCACCUGCCUUCCCCUCCCCCUCGUCCUCCUCAUCCUCCUCGUCUGGCCCCAGGACCUUCUACCCUCGCCAGGGCGCCACCAGCAAGUACCUGAUUGGGUGGAAGAAACCCGAAGGAACCAUAAACUCCGUGGGAUUUAUGGACACGAGAAAGCGCCAUCAGAGUGAUGGCAACGAGAUGGCCCACACCAGGCUGCGUGCCUCAACCAGGGACCUCCGGGCGUCCCCCAAGCCAGCCCCCAAGUCCACCAUCGAGGAGGACCUCAAGAAACUCAUCGACCUGGAAAGCCCAACUCCCGAAUCCCAGAAGAACUUUAAGGGCUGGCAGCACUGGGCACCACCAGCAAGCACCCUGCAAGGCAGGCCACGGCGCUCUUGGAACCAGAUCGGUGUGCACACACUUUCAAGACUGGAGGGGAAGAGGAUUGGGUUCCAGGCGCUUUCCUCUCCUCAGUCCCCGUUUCCUACCACCCCUAUGGCAAGACGGGCCCUGCACCGAACGCUGUCGGAUGAGAGCAUCUACAGCGGCCAGAGGGAGCACUUCUUCGCUUCCAGGGCUUCGCUUCUGGACCAGGCCCUGCCCAACGACGUCCUGUUCAGCAGCACGUACCCUUCCCUGCCCAAGUCUCUCCCAUUGCGGAGGCCUUCUUACACCUUGGGAAUGAAGUCGCUGCAUGGAGAGUUCUCGGCCUCAGACAGCUCCCUCACGGACGUCCAGGAGACCCGAAGGCCUCCCAUGCCUGACCCCGGCCUGAUGCCCCUGCCCGACACUGCUGCGGAUUUAGAUUGGUCCAACUUGGUGGAUGCUGCCAAGGCCUAUGAGGUCCAAAGAGCCUCCUUCUUUGCUGCUAGUGACGAAAGCCACCGGCCCUUGAGUGCUGCAUCCAACAGUGACCAGCUUGAGGAGCAGGCUCUGGCCCAGAUGAAGUCCUACAGCAGCAGUAAAGAUUCCUCCCCCACUCUGGCUUCUAAAGUGGACCAGCUGGAAGGGAUGCUGAAGAUGCUCCGGGAAGAUCUGAAGAAGGAAAAGGAAGACAAAGCCCACCUGCAGGCGGAAGUCCAGCACCUCCGGGAGGACAACCUGAGGCUGCAGGAGGAGUCCCAGAAUGCCUCGGACAAGCUGAAGAAGUUCACGGAAUGGGUCUUCAAUACCAUAGACAUGAGCUAGGGCCAGCCGGUGGGGGGGGGGAGCCCCGGGAGGGGGUGGGGAGCUCUCCGCUGCGGUUUGGCGCUCCUUCGGCCAUGACCCCGGAAAGCCUUCUCAACCGACCCGCCCUCACUUCCCACUCCAGCCCCUCUCGGGGAAUGCACAACACAAUUAUUGCAGAUCAACAAUCAUUAUCUGCCUUUUGUAGAAAAGAAAAACAAAAAAGUAAAUAAAAAUUUUAAAAAGUAAAAUAAAAGUUUAACUGCUAAAAUGUGAAUGUCUUUAUUUUUUUGCACAAUAUCUCUAUCUGUUACGUAUUUAAAAAAGAAAGUGGGCCUAGGCCGCCCUGGCCCAUAUGCCUCUAUUUCCAUGAGCUCUUAUCAAUUUCAGGUAACCCAAGCUUUCCCUCCUUAUCCUGACCCAUGUCAUUGCUCCUAGGAAAAUAAAGUUUUUGCAAAUGGUUUAUUUGGGGAGGGGGCUUUCCUUACCUUAGUUCCUAAAAUGCCUGGGGAGGGAGGCGCCUGGAGAAAAUGCCUACCUCCCUUGAAUGACAUGUGCAUGAGCUAGCAUCCCUACCUUCCCGAGGAUAGCGGGGUCGGGGUUACCCGCAAGUCAAGUGCCCCGGAGACAGAGCCAGGGCUUCGGGCGAUGCCCCUUUCCUGUCCUGCAUUGUGACGUCACUCUACCACCUGCACCCCCUGCUUCCUCUCCCCGGGAGAUGGUCCCAGGUGUGCUCCUCAGAGCUAGAACUCUUUCUGUCUGGUUUAAGAGAGUCCCACCAAAUUGGAAUCAGCCUCUCUAUGGCUUCCUGGCUCCAAACAUUAAUUGGUUUCAGAAUUCCUCCAGAGUAAAAUCUUACUUGUAUGUAUUUUGGUCGAAAGUAUAGCUUUUGUUUGAGAUGUGUGAAGAUGAAAAUGUGGCAAAAUUGUAUUUUUAGCUUACUCAAAAUGGCCAUAUUAAUUAAUCCUCUCCAAAGCAAGACUUGACCAGUAUUUAUAACUAGGGAAAGUGAAUGUUAAAUUGUUUAAUACUUGCUUGUUAGGAGCAACGACUGUGAUCAUAGAAUGGGCUUUUGAAACCUGCAUGUCCCAGUGUGCAAUUUCAGUACGGCAUUUUCUGAAUCCUUUUGUGGCCAGCCAGAGGAUCGAUGUGCUAUUUUUCCUGUCUAGUGAUGCAGCUGCUCUGGGCCUCUGGCCAUCGUCCCAAGGCCCCCAGUCCUGCAGACGGACACACUGGGCCCACCAGUGUUAAGGGACCCGGGGAGCCCCUAGUGGCCUUGUUUCUUGCCUUCAUAAAAUGUCACGAAGCUGAUGCCUGUGUCCCUUCAGUGGCAACUCUGAUGUAGGGAACGUUCUGCGAUGUCAUCUGCUCGGAAGCUCCCUGCCCCAAGUAAUCUCAACUCCUUCCUCCAUCCCUGAAAGAAACAGGAUGGAUUUUCUCUCUUCUCCCACCCCCUCCACCAGACUUUUACGGUUUCAUUCAUGAUUGUGAUUUUUCCAUGGAAUUUUUUUUUCGGGUGACAUUUCCACCAUGGAAAUAGGAAGAUUUCGGAGUGCUUUGUAAAGAUCUCAAUUGUCUGUCUCUUUCUCUCUUGGACUUGUAUGAAGGAGAUUGUUACAUUGCCUGCUAUCUCUCUUUGUAAAUGAGAAAUAUCGCUAACAUCCAAGCAUUCUGAAGUCUUGCUUAUCCUUCUGAGUUUAGUUUUUAUUUUGUCUUUCAUUUGUUUGGGGACUUGGGGCAAGCUAUUUAUUAGAGUUUUGCAACAGAAUUCUUGUUUGAAGCCUUUAAAGACUACUUGUAAAAUUCAAACAAUAAAAUUCAUUUUAAACGCUC